AGCUCCAAUUGUCUCGCAUCGCCGGAAUUUGGUAAUUGGUAGAGUCAGCAGAGGUCUCUUCGGACUUGAGGUGACAAUCGAAGCUCAUCAAAGUACUAAAUAACGGAGAGGCAGGUUAGCGUGACAUUUGCUUCGAAUCAGCGAAUGUCUUUGGAUACGAGAGCGAAGGGAGUACGCGGUGGCAGGAGGCUGUGCAGACCAACGAUACAAGUAAAGACAAAGAUAGGGAGCUGGCGACGAACCAGAGCUGCAGCUGCGUUAUCAGCAGCAGCAGCAGCAGCAGCGGUGUCGGGGGGUGGUGCCCAGCAGAGGGCGGGAAAGAAGAAACACGCAACCAGAGAAACGAAACGAUUUGCUCGAAAUUUCUCAAAGUUCCUCGUGCAGUACUGCAACAGAAGCAGCCUGCAUGGUUUGCGAUACAUCGUGGAUCCUCAGUUGCAUCGGUUCGAGCGUUUCGUUUGGUUGGUGUUAUUUGUCCUUUCGUCAUAUUACGCAACUCACGUAAUCUGUAUGCUGGCCGCACGAUUCGAGGCCGCUCCAACUUCGACGGUGAUCGAAUCCGCGACGCACAGGAUCUCGGCGGUACCCUUUCCGAGCGUAACGAUAUGUCCGAACGAUCGAGUCGAUUGGAGAAAGGUUCUGGAUCUCGAGACAACGAUCUUUGGCGGCAAUGGGAUGAUCAACGAUAACAGUAGCGAGACUGCCACUGUCGAACGCGAGAGUUAUCUCCUGGUUCUCGCAGUCUUCUCGAACUUGACCUUUGGAGACUUUCAUCAACUGAAUGUUACCCGCAACUUAACCUUUGGCGUUCUAUCCGAACGCAGCAUCACCGCGAUCCUCGAAGCGGUCGUUCCCAGUUGCGAAGAUUUGUUUUCAAAUUGUUGGUGGAGGUACGGAGACCGAAAUUGUUGCGAGCUGUUAAGGCUGCAAAGAACCGAGUACGGAUUUUGUUACUCGUUCAAUUCUAAAACGUCAGAAUAUCUGGAAGACCAGAAUGAGCCCCCACUCGUUGCGACGGAUUACGGCGAAUGGACUGGACUCAGAGUGACCAUUCGUCCGAAAGUGAUUCAGCCACCACCGGAUUUUUAUAGCCCAUACGGAAUAAUAACAGGCGUUACUCAUCCGGGUGCGUGGCCAAGGACUGGCCUUCUCGUUACGACAGGCCAUUCUCUUCAAGUCCAGGUGCAGUGUACCUCUGGCUAUGCCACCGAAAGGGUUUUGCAAUUGGACGCCGAUAAGAUACCUUGCAAGUAUAUUGAGAAUAAGGCUUAUUAUCAGGAGAGCUGUUACGCGGACUGCAGACGCGAGCACGUGAUAAAGUAUUGCGGCUGCAAUCCGUCCUUCUUCUUUCCAUCCGGCGUGGCUCGUGAUUGCACUUUCGACGAUAUCGAUUGCCUCGUCCAGUGGAACGACGUAUUCAAUAAUUUUAAUGAAAUCGAAGGUGGAGAUUUCAAUGAGAAUUCCUCAAUGAGCUGUGACUGCCCACCCGAGUGCGAAUAUUACAUGUACACCAUGCGGAUUGCUAGUACGCCGGUAGCCGAAGAGGAUGAAAUUACGAUGGAUAUAUUUUUUGAGGGAUCUACCACCGUGCGUUAUAAAACUGACGUCAUUUACACGAAUCUCGAUUUGUUAGUGUCUUUUGGCGGAAUCAUAGGGCUUUUCUUGGGUGGAUCCUUGCUGAGUGCAGCUGAGUUAAUGUAUGCGUUUAGUAUAGGCGUGAUAUCCUAUGCGAGGCAACAUUUUUUUAAGAUGCAACCAGGAAAAGUCGAGGAUUCUGAAUUCGAAGAACUCGAAGAUAUGAGUUACAAUACUCAUCAAGAGUACGAAGAUGUUCGUGGUCACCUGUUAUUUAGCAGGCAACCUUUAAUCGUAGGAUCCAAAGCAAUUUCUGUAUUUACCCUGUCGGAUAAUUUAUUUCCACCGCGAGAGUUUAUAGGAGGAUACGCUCAUUCUACCAGAAUGCGACGGCUUUUGUCUCUAAGUUUACAUUGUCUUUGCCGACGACCAGGAUGUACUUGCACACGAUUUGUCAAACGUAACGAUUAAAAUGAUUGAUAUAUAUAUAUA